AUGGACUCGUUGAAGAGUGCAUUUGCUGAUGUAUCUGAGCGUCUUAUGCUUGAGUCCCGUAUACGAGAUGGUGCUCGAAAUAUGCUGCAGAUCCUUGAUACGAACGAUGCGAACGAAGCGUUGCGAAGCCAAGUCGAGCGAGAAUUGGCCGUAGCAGAGGAGCACGUACAAAGUCUGCAGACGCGUCGUCAAAGCAUUGAAAUCACUCUGCAUAAUGUAGAAAAUCCAGCUAUCAUUUCCACGUCGCGAUUUCGUCGUCCUCGUGCGAUUAGGGCCGUACACGGCCUGGAGGAUCUCAACACUCAUCACAAUGUGACCUGCAUGUCGCCCGAUCCGUUCGUCUUACCUGAGAGCCAGACAUUUCGCUUACCGUUAUCGAAUGAAACUGAGCUAAAAAAAUCUAUACGUGCAGUCGACAUGUUGACACGUAUCCUCAAGCAUGAUAUGUCGACAACCACCGCGCUCUCACCCAACGAGCAAAGCCACAUAUUUCUUUUUCUAUCGACACUCUACGCACAAAUGCCUGAACUUCGAUACGAUUCUCAUGUAAAUACUUUGAUGUUGUGCGCGUUGCAUGGUAUGUCUGAGGGAAAAUCAUCGACGGUACGUGCCUAUGCUAUCCGCCUGUUGCGGUACAUCCAGAGCCCAGAUCUGUUGCCCGCACUGGCUUCCUAUACCAACGCAUGUACUGUGUUCUUGUCUCGCGCACUCACACUGGAAGAUAAUUUUGCCUUCGAGCGCGAGCAGGCACUAAAGCUCGUGCGUGCAUGGAUUCAAUAUAUGCGUCUUGGCAGUCAUCAUGUUCAUGCUCUCCUCUCUGAAGGCAUCGUGCGUGUACUGUCGUCCAUUGCCUUGGAACCAGAAGAUACUUUAUACCAUGCAUCUGUUGAAACACUCGCUGAGCUCGUUGUCCUCGACACGCCACUCGUGUCUCGCUCAUCAGCCAUGGCGCCGCUGUGGCGCGCUAUUUGCGAGUCACGCGCAACUGUGGCUGUCCCACUGGUCGACAACAUGCUUGUAUUAUUAGAUCGCCCAUCUACACGGCGGCACAUUAGUGCAGGCACAGAUCUUGAGGCCGUCCUUGCCGACUUUACGACUGUUCCCGGUGCGCGCCGGACACCUGAUCGACUCGAAACAACCCAGCAGGUGAUAUCUCAUUUACUUCAGUCAUGGCAAGGUCUCUUUUACUUGUGCAUGCAAGACAAGGCUGCUUUAAAAGCUCUUGUUGCGUCAUUGCAUCUGGAUGACGAUGCAAUCCGUUCACAUGUCCUUGCCGCACUUCUUCCGGUCUUUCGCACUUCUGUUCCUCUUUCAAAGGUGCCUCAUUUAUAUGUGUCAUACAUGUCUUUUGUGCUUGUCUUGCUUUUGGACGUAGGUUUGUGGGAUGCGUUGUUGUUUAUCUUACAACAUGCGCCCGUGCACCACGAACAAGCCCGCGCCUUGCUAGCUCGUGCUUUGCAGCUUUCACGCGAUGUCUUGCCCAAAGAUCAUGCGACACUUAAUGCUUUCCCAGAACUCGUGCACCGAAUAUGUCUUCGCGACAAGGAUCCGGCAUGCGUGGUUGGUGCCUCGCAUGCACUGGGAGCCAUUGAUGCGUGCGAAAGGACGCUAAUGAAAGUUCCAUCUGUGCCACCAGCGCCACCCUUUCCUGAGGUGCCCGUUGACGAUGUGCUUUUCCGCACUUUGUUGCGUGACUCCAUGGUCACUUCGGUGCGCGAGUACACGUCGUGGAACCAAAAGGUGAUUUUAGAUUUACUCGACGGCCCUCUUUGGGAUCCACGCCGUUUCGACGAAGCGUUGGUUGGUUCCAAGUUUGUGCGACGCCUCCUAGCGUUUUAUCGGCCGUCUCAUGCACGAUAUUCUGCUUUAAAAAAGAGUGACGUGGCCCACCAAUGGACUCACAUCGGCGUCCGUUUGUGUCGUGUGCUAUUGCAUCAUUCUGACGGACCUCGUGCAAUCACAGAAGAGCGAUUGCUUUCCGAUUUGCGUGAUGCAUUCGAACAAUCUGUACAGCACACAGACUCGCUCUUUUCAUCUCCAAAUAUACAACACACUCAGGUCAAUGGUUAUUUUGAUAUACUAGCUGUGUUUUUCGCAUGCACAACAGGUCAAGAGAUGCUGAUGCAUUCGCGACUUUAUACACCAUGGUUUGCCCUCUGCCAAAAUGAAGACGAUGCAUCUAUUUAUAUCAUGUGCCAGCUCUUAUCGAUUAUGGAUUUAUCCAGCUCGUCAAUGUCGCGGAUCCUGUUGGAACGUGCUCUGACCGAAGCACCAGAGACUGUUCGUUUGGCUGCGACAAAACGGUUGACUGAAGCUCUCUGGUUAGACAAUGAACCACAAGCUUGGGCAGUCUCACUUUUGCUCACUCAAAUACUCGAUCACCAUGUAUCCGUCCAGGAAUUCGCCAUUCACCAACUCGAGCAGGCGUGUAGAGACCCUGUCAUGGCACAAUGUGCUAUGCAACAAGGUCCUCCUAUUGAAUUGCUUGCGCGCAACACUCUCUUUGCCCUCUUAGGUCUCGCUGAAGAGCGGGGAUUGACCGCUAUGCAGCACGCCGGUCUCUUGGGUCCCCUUGCUCAGGUGUGGUAUGCCCGUGAACACAUUGCCUAUGUUGCCCGAGCCGAAGCUUCUUUGAUCCAGCCGUCAGAACUACCGCCGCAUUUGUACGGCCAGUUGGCACGCACACCUAAGGGCUGUGCUUAUCUUGUUGAGCUCAAUGUUCUUCCGGAAUGGCAUGACGUGCUUGUCUCUCACGCCUGUGAGGCCUACGACAUAUCGCUAGUAGCGCGCGUCAAGGCGGCAUUAUGGGCUUGCGGACAUAUUGGUGCAUCGAAUCACGGAGUGGAUGUGCUAGCAUCGCAUGGACUCUUGAAUGGUCUGUUUGGAGCGUCCCAAUCACCGGUGGUGUCUGUGCGCGGCACACUCUUUUUCGUAUGCAGUCUAUUCACUCAAUGUGAGCGUGGCCAAGAAGUACUUGCAUCACAUGGAUGGACUUGCUCAUCCACAGCGUGUCUGCCGCGCCACAGACGCACCUUUGUCACGCUUGGCGCUUCGAGCCCCGCAGCUUACCAGGACAUGGGGUCGAGGCUCGUAUCACCGCGUGAUGAGCAUGAAGCACAUGCUGCUUAUUUAAUGGCCCAACUUGGUAACGGCGUCGUAGCCGGCAGUGCGCGACGUGCGCUCGUACGUUUCAGGAAGCAGUGUCCCUCUGUAUUUCGACAAGUACCUCUUUUAGGCCGCGCCUUACACAUGAUGGACCAUUAUUCGUUCCGUUUAGCUGCUCGGCGGAAUGUAUGGUCUUUGCUGGAUGAAUGCACUCUGUCUCUCGAUACAAUCAAACUACUCCAGCAGUGGCGAUCAGCCAAUGUGGCCACCGCACCUGCCGUGCCACCUCGGCGAUCCCACACUGCAAAGAAUGUUUUGAAUGAUGAAAAUACAUAUACAACACGUCUCUACCCUGUGCUUUCUAUCGCCAACCUUCGUCGACAAGUAACGCAGGCUGAGGACCAUGUCAAAGCACGCAACGAAUCUCCAACAAAGCGCACCGAUCAUGCGCCUGUUGAACUAAGCAGCGCAUCGCGCCAUCAAUGGCCCCGCAAGAUGUAUGGAUUUGUAUAG